CAAGCGCGCGCCCUUCCUCCGAGGUCUCUGAAGUUAACGCCCUCCUGGACGAGUGGGUGUGACUUCGUGUUGGGCGCUGAGACCUGGGGCUGUCCCUAUUGGCUGCCAACUGCCACCGGCGAAGGCGUGGUGAUUAGUGACAACUAAUCAGAAGCCUGGCUGGGCUUUGGCGGGAGAGGAGAACGCUGAGGUGGAGCGAAUUUGGCGCGAGCUGACUUUGCAGCAGCUGUGGACCUUGUGGCCGGAGAGUCCUUGCGGUUCUGAUCGAGAUCAGGGGAGCGUGCACUGAGCGACACAUUCCUGAAGAGUGCAAAGCUCCGUGAGUUGUGUGGCCAUCAUGCCUCAAACCCGAUCCCAGACACAAGCUACCAUCGACUUUCCGAAAAAGAAGCAAUCUAAGACCCUGAGCAAGACAAACUCCCGUGACAGUGAAGUAAAACUUAGAAACGUCCAGCCUGUACCCACCACUCCGUGUGCGGACAUAAAAAUUCUGCCUCUCAGUCCCCGAAAACGUUUGGGUGAUGACAAUCUGUGCAACACUCCCCAUUUAUCUCCAUGUUCUCCGCCCAAGCUGGGCAGGAAGGAAAACGGCCCCCCUCGCUCACAUACACGGAAGGGAUGCAGAUUAAUAUUCGAUGAUGAGCUGGCAGUUAAGGCUUCCGCCCCAAAAGAACAAGACAGAGUUCCCCAGCACCAAAUACUUUCCUCCGCUCAAAGAGGUCAAGAGAGCGAAACAAAUCCUGAGCAGAAAUGCCCACCAGAGAAGGAAUCCGCGUGUAUGCGACUGUUCAAGCAGGAAGGCACUUGCUAUCAACAGGCAAAGCUUGUCCUGAAUACAGCUGUCCCGGACCGGCUGCCUGCCAGAGAACAGGAGAUGGGUGUCAUCAGGGAUUUCCUGAAGGAGCACAUCUGUGGGAAAAAAGCUGGGAGUCUCUACCUUUCUGGCGCUCCUGGAACUGGGAAAACUGCCUGUUUAAGCCGGAUUCUGCAGGACUUCAAGAAGGAAGUGAAAGGCUUUAAAACUAUCGUGCUGAAUUGCAUGUCCCUGAGGAACGCUCAGGCCGUGUUCCCAGCCAUUGCUCAGGAGAUUGGUCGGGAGGAACUCUGCAGACCCACCGGGAAGGACUUGAUGAGAAAGCUGGAAAAGCACUUGACAGCCGAGAGGGGCCCCAUGAUUGUGUUGGUGUUGGACGAGAUGGAUCAGCUGGACAGCAAAGGGCAGGAUGUGUUAUACACACUGUUUGAGUGGCCGUGGUUAAGCAAUUCCCGAUUGGUGCUCAUUGGUAUUGCUAAUACCCUGGAUCUCACGGACAGAAUUCUGCCGAGACUUGAAGCUAGAGAAGGCUGUAAGCCGAAGCUACUGAACUUCCCACCUUACACCAGGAAUCAGAUAGCUGCGAUCUUGCAGGAUAGGCUUAGUCAGGUAUCAAAAGACCAGGUUCUGGACAGUGCUGCGAUUCAGUUCUGUGCCCGCAAAGUAUCUGCUGUCUCAGGGGACAUCCGGAAAGCGCUGGAUGUUUGCAGGCGAGCUAUUGAAAUUGUGGAGUCGGAUGUCAGGAGCCAGACAGUCCUCAAACCACUCUCCGAAUGUAAAUCACCCUGCGAGUCGCUGGUUCCCAAGCGUGUCGGUCUCGCUCACAUAUCCCAAGUCAUUUCGGGAGUUGAUGGUAACAGGGUGACUUUGAGCCAAGAAAACACACAGGAUUCCCUUCCUCUCCAGCAGAAGAUCUUGGUUUGCUCUUUGCUGCUCUUGACCAAGCGGCUAAAAAUCAAAGAGGUCACCCUGGGGAAGUUAUAUGAAGCCUACAGUAGUGUCUGUCGUAAACAGCAGGUGGCAGCCGUAGACCAGUCUGAGUGUUUGUCCCUUUCUGGACUCCUGGAAUCCAGGGGCAUUGUGGGACUGAAGAAAAACAAGGAGAGCCGCCUCACCAAGGUGUCUCUGAAGAUUGAAGAAAAGGAGAUAGAGCAUGUCCUAAAAGGCAAAGCUUUCAUUGGGAACAUCCUCGCUGCCGGGCUGCCCUGAACGGUUCUCUUCCUUAGGGCACCUGCAAGCGUCCUGCUGGCGUUUGCAGCUCGGGGGAGUCUUCGUUUUAGUAAGGUCGUUCGGAAACAGUUAACGGCCUUUUUUACUCCGCACCAGUAAAUUUUAGUGUAUGAAUUCCUGAGUGUUAGCACUGGCUAAUGUCCUUGGCUCUUACUGUUUUUACCCAUAAAAAUGACCGAGUGCUGGGUGUGAUGGCGGAUGCCUGUGCUCCCAGCACUUGGGAAACAGAGUCAGGAGUUCAAGGCCAUCCUUUGCUACACAGUGAGUUUGAGCUAGCCCGGACUACACAAGACUGUAAAAAGUAAAAGCAGGGCUGGGGAUUUAGCUCAGUGGUAGAGCGCUUACCUAGGAAGCGCAAGGCCCUGGGUUCGGUCCCCAGCUCCGAAAAAAAAAGAACCAAAAAAAAAAAAAAAAAGUAAAAGCAAUGACCCCUUUUAAAGCAACAUUCAGUACUUUUCCCUUCCUGACCACGGUACCUGCAAGUGUGUACAGACUUGUGUUGAAGAAUUCGUAUGUAUAUUACCUCUGUCUACAAAGGGUGUGUUUUGUAAAGAACUUUGAGGUUUAGAAAGAUGAAACGGAAUGAUCCAGAAAAAUACACAAGCCUACAUGGGAAACACAAAGGACAUUUUGUGCAGAGGACGCUCCAUACAUGUGACAGGUGCUGCCGCACCGGACUUUCUAAAGACGGGUGGACGAUUCUCCAGCGCUCCCCACCAGUAUGGGGGUGACAAGGAGAGUGUAACUACAGAUUGUGAAUAUAUUUAUUUUCAAGUUU